AUGGCUCUUUCUUCAAGCCAAAAAGAGUGGCACCAUGCUAGGCGUGCUGCAACUGGUGCAAAUUGCUCAAGAGCAACACAUUUGGCAGUUAUGGUGUGGUAUAUGACUCAGUGUCCGGUUUAUCCUCCUCAAAAGAAAAAGUUCAUUUGUUGGGCGCACUUGGGAAGUAUAUCGACAUAG